AUGGCCGAAAGUACGAAAACCACGCUGGUCAACGAGACCUUGCCGACCUCCUCUGGCUCGUCCGCCACCUCUUCUAUCUCUAAGCCUAUCAAGGGUGCUACCAAGCCGUGUUUUGGUUGCGGCUGCGGCGACGAAGACUGCGAGUGUAUCUGUGUUGUCAUGUAG